AUGAAUUGUGCUACAUUCAGUGAUAAGAAAAGAUCCUGGAUUGCAGCUGGUCAGGAGAGUCACUGUCAAUUAUACAAUGUACAUUCGAAAAUCAUCACUGUCGAGAAUGGCGAAAUUCCGAAAAAAUCUGCUAAUUUUAAUUCAGGUCUUAGGCAACGAAAACAGAGUGAAAAAAGUGAUGAACAAUCGAAUAAUCACGAAAGAAUAGAAGAAGUUAAAGACAAUAAUUCAAAUUUCAAAAAAUUAUUUUCUAGACAACCGGAACCACUGCAAAGAAUCGUGCGACUUUGUCCAAAAGGAGAAUUAAUGGCCACCGGAGGCACAGACGGACGAAUUAGACUCUGGAAAUUCCCUGAACUUAUCAAAUUCCACGAUUUAGAAGCUCACACAAAAGAAAUCGACGAUAUAGAUUUUAAUGCCGAGGGUAAUUUACUGGUGUCAAUAGCCAAAGAUGGAAAAGCCUUUGUUUGGGAUAUAAAAAGUGAAAUGAAAAAAAGAGAACUCACUUGGAAUGUGCCUGGAAAUAUGAAAUAUUUAUACAAAAGAUGUCGAUUCAGGGAUCCCGAUGAAAAAGUUCCUAAAACACAAUUAUUAACAUUGUCGAAUGCAACAGUUGGGAAAAAUCCUAGUUUCCUUCAACUUUGGAAUGUCGAUGCCGGUGUUAUUAUGAAGUCGGUGCCAUUUCAAGAGACACUGUCAGCGCUGGCAGUUUCCGAUAAUGGAAGAUUGGUAGCUGUGGGAACAAUGUUCUCUGGCAGUGUCGACAUGUUCAUUGCAUUUAGUUUACAAAGAGUUCUUCAUAUUCCUGGUGCGCACAGUAUGUUCGUCACUGGUCUUGAAUUUUUACCCACCAAAAAUGAUGGUCCAACGAUAACGAGCAACGCUGAAGCGGCUGUUGUCAGCAUAUCCGUUGAUAACCGGAUUUGCAUUCACAGCUUGCCAUAUAGAUAUACAAUUCCCAUUUGGGUGGUAAUAGUCCUCAUAAUAUUGAGUAUUGGCUGUGCAUUUAUAUUCUGCAGUUACAUGGGUUUAUAG